AUGCAUCUUGACACAAUCUGCAUAAAAGUCGAAGACACCAGCGAGAGCAAAGUGCUCUCGCCAACCAACACUGAAGAGGAGGGUUACGGUAGUGGAGAUGAGAUGCACUCUGGAAAUGAGAGUCAAGGAUCUGGAAAGAGUGGAGAGUUGAAAAGACCCGAUUUAAAAGGUCAAUUCCGUUGCUCAAUCUGCUCCAAAAUCUUCUGCCACUCCUCCAGCCUUUCUCGUCAUCGUAUGCAAGCCCAUUUCAAAAGCUACAAAUGUACAGUAUGCCGCAAAGACAUUUCCAGCAGCGAGUCUCUCCGUGCUCACAUGUUCAAACAACAUCACAUUUCCCGAAUGUACAUGUGCCGUUGCUGCAAUUGGGCCUUUCCUGACAAGUCACUUCUCCAUAUCCACCUCCAAUCAGGAAACAAUAACAAUAACCUCGAUGUUAUCCCACAUUCAGUGAUCAAUAGAAGCUGUCACGGCAUUUCGGAUUCAUUUCAACUCAUCCGAAGUCCAUUACUCAAUCUUAAAAGUCCGGAUGCCACUAUUCCAUCUCUUCCAAUUGGCACCCUUCCCCUCCAGUCUCCAUCUGCAUUCCAGACUCCUCCAGAGACCCCAUCUUGGUUGUCAGCACUACCAAAACCGAUUCCUACAACCGUUCCAAUGUUCAUUGCCGAUUCUCCGAAAAAGGAGGAGAAAGAAGUCUACAUUUCUCAAUUCCCAACAUGCUCCUUUAAAUCUGAUCACAGCGCUUUCCAUCAACUCAGCUCUGAUCGGACCCUGAUUUCCUCUCCAAUCAUAGAUACCUCAUCCCCAUCGUCUUCAUCGUCAUCAUCUAGAAUCAGUCCACGUCAUGAGUGUUUUGAUUGCCACGUACACAAGACUAGAGCAUCUGUGGCUGAUGCUCAGUGCAGUAUCAUCCAUUCACAGAUGACUAUGAUGUGUCAGGAACGGUUGGAGUCGAUUGCUCAGAUGGAAGGACUUCAACAGACUGUCUGCAAGCUUAAGCAGCAAGCUGCAGCACUACGGGAGCAUAAUGCAAUGUUUCAGGAGAAGCUUCUCAAGUGCCAGACCGAAUCUGUGCGUUUCCUUCAAUCUGCUAAGUUGGAUAACCCAGUAGAAGUCACCAACUUCCUCAACGCUCUCAUCAACUGCACAAUCAUCACAAAUCCAUAA